AUGAGGGAAUGGAGCUUGGAAAAUGAGGUGGAAAGAUUCGUGAGCGAGGCGAGGAAAAGACAAGAUAAGAAGGACAAAACAAAUGAAGAAUGGAGAAGACAAGAAAAAGAAAAGCUCAUUGAAGAAAAGCCAAAAAAAAUUAAUGGAAAUGAGCUGGAGGAAGAACUAAAAGAAAGGAAGCAAAAAAGGUUAAAAAUUGGUAUGAAUGAGGUAGAAAAAGCUGCCACAAUGAUGGAAGAAAACGAGAUUGUUGUGCUAGUGGAGACAUGGGUAAUGGAAGAUAAGGUGGAAAUAACAUGUGAGAGGCUGAGCAAAGAAUUCAAAUGGUGGGCGGAGCCUGUGACGAGAGAGAAACAGAGAGGAAGAGCAAAGGGAGGUCAUAUUAUUGGGAUAAAAAAAAAUUGCAAAUUAAAAUGGGAAGUCAGGGAAUGGAAAUACGGAAUGAUGUUGGAAGAAAGUAAGGAAAGUGAAAGUAUAAUCACAGUAGCAAGAGGUGAUGAAGGUGGGGAAAUAACUUACGUCGGGGGAGACGAAGAGAGUUUAGGAUCAGUAAUUGACCUUAUACUAACGCUGGACAGAGGCGAUGAGCAAGAAAUAGAGGUAAGAGUGGUGGAAAGUAUAGAGUCAGAUCAUCUACCAGUGUUGGCAAGAUAUAAGGUAAAGAGAAAUGAGGAAGAGAGUAAGGAAGGAAGCUGCAUGUCAGAGGAGGAAGAGCAGGAAGAAAUUGGAGCAAAUAAGCUGAUCUGGAAGAAAGAAAAAAUACAGGAGUAUGCAGAAGCAACGCAGGAAGCACUGACAGAAGCAGUAGAGGAAAAAAACGAGCUUAAGUGGGAGGAUAUAAAGGAAAUAGUAAGAAAAGGGGCUGAAAAAACGAGGAUGGUGAUGAAAGGAAAGAAGGACAAAGAUACAAAGGAGAAAAAAAAGUGGUACAAUAUAGAGGGUAAAAAAAAAGAAAAGAAGUAUGGAAGAAGCUCAAAGAAUUCUUCAAGGAUAAUAACAAAGAAAAAAAAAAGAAAUCUGAAGGAAAGCAGAAAGAAAUAUAGGGAAACAAUCAAAGAGAGCAAGGAAAGGUGGAUGAUGGAAAGGUGUGAGGAGAUAAAUAACGCCAAAGACAUGACAAAAUGGUGGGAAGCCAUAAAUAGGUUCAGAGGAAGAAAGAAAAGAGCUGCAAGCAACAGCAUAAAAGCAAAACAAUGGGAAAAGCACUUUAGUGAUCUGCUGAAUGGGGAAGGCAAUGAAGAAUCGGAAGAAGAAGAAAAUGAGCCGUGGAAAGGAGAAGGUAGUAAUGAAGGAUCAGAGGAGCCGAAGCUCGAUAAAAACUUCAGCAGGAGAGAAGUGAAAGCCGCAAUAAGAAAGCUCGGGAAUCACAAAGCUCCAGGGGAAGACGGGAUAACAGCAGAAUUUAUAAAGAACAGUGCACCAGAUGUCAUUGAAUGGAUAGGCGAAAUUAUAAAUAGAAUAUGGGACGAAGGAAGUAUGCCAGAAUGA